UGCUUCAUUCUAUUUGUUGCCGGUCUAAUUUAAUUUUCACGUUCAAUUCGAGUUUUUAGAUUUUGUUGUAGGCAGUAAAUUAGGUUUUCAAAUGGUCGUGAAUUGAUCGAGAGGAGGAGGAGUCGCGUAUCGGAGUCGAUGGCGCUUGCAGACUUGCACACCGUGUCCACCGCGCAUCAGGGGAAUGUGGAGAGGCUCGGCACCCGUGCCUCGUCUAUUUUGCUGAUGUGGCGGCAGUUGGAGGACGAUCACGCCCUGGACCAAGGCCAGGGGAGAGUGGGAGAGAGAUUACGGCAGCAGAGAAGUGCCGAUUCCAAUACAAAUGCAGAGCACCACAAUCCAGUCGAGAAUUCUAGUCGUGAGCAAUCUCCGGAUUUCGGACAAGUCGAGAGGGAGAGGGUACGACAAAUUGUUCGCGGGUGGAUGCAGAUGACAGCUCAGCAAGAUAAUGGAUCUCGAUCUCGAGUCGAUCGUGUUCGUGAAGUUCAGCCCGAUCACGUUAAUGAAGAGAGUCCGCUUUCGGUAGCAGCUACUGAAUUGAAUCAG